AUGAAGAGACAGCAAGUUACCCUCGACAUCGAUGUGGAUGGUCAAAUGCACACGUUCACGCCGUCAUGGGAAGUGUCGCUGUCCGCCCAAGCCAAGGAAUUCUGUGACGCGUUGAACGUUCGCGGUGGUGGCUGUGAUACCUUGCUCGCCCAAGAAGUGCACACCAAGCUCCUUUCAAAUGAUGCUAUAUCCACGUACCUGAUGUGCCGCGGACACAGCAGUGUUGAAGGACAUACCUCGAUGUUUCCAGUGUCGAGACACGUCUUAAGCUCAUUGGCGUCUGAUGCCACCACAAUCCGCCGCGCACUUCAAAUUGGCUUCAACGCCGGUCACUCAGCGAUGACCAUCUUGACUGCCAACCCCACACUCCACCUCAUUAGCUUUGACUUGGUUGAGCAUCCAUACACCCCUAAAGCCGCCGCCUUCCUUGACGCUGUCUUUCCCGGUCGUCACAAGCUCAUUCCGGGGGACUCCACAAAGACAGUGCCCGAAGCCCUUGAAGAUGCCGAUGCUGGCCCAUACGACUUUAUGUUUAUCGAUGGCGGCCACACUUACGACGUGGCUGCGGCGGACCUGCGCAACUGCAUGCGACUUUCACGCGCCGGGUCCCACACAAGCUUGGAAUGA